CACAAGUAGAGUAUAAGGCGCUCGAAAACGCCAAUCAUGUUGCGAUCCAGGCUCGUUGUCUUAUUGGGGAUUUGUGUCUACUGUGUAAAUACACAAGAGGAUGGCAUGAUCUUAGAUGCCCGAGUUUCUACUGAUUUCCAUCAUUUUGAAAAUCAUCCCAUUCAGAGUCCAAACACACCUAGUAGGAAAAGCGGUGAUUAUUCACAUUUAAAUCUGCGUGGGUCACAGAGGCCAAAGGACGCUGCUGUGACGCAUAAAAGUGUGCCACAUUUCAUAGAAAAUCGAUCCGUAUGGAACCGUCUUCGAAGAAGUGCGCCCCAAUUGGAUGGUAGUAAUCAGCAAGUUGACCCGUCAGUGGAAAAUCGGCGAAUUCGACGUUGGCUAGGUGUCAAACGCCCACUUCCUAGUUACCUUCCAAUUCAUAGAAGACGAUAUACUCGCCCAAGAUUUCCGACUCGUCAUGUGCCUCAUGCGGUCCAUCUUCACCACCGACCUCUCCUUCCCAUCCGAAAACCUCUUCUACCUCCUCGUUUUCGUCGUCGGCCACUACGUCCUUUGCUUCCUCUUCACAUCCACAGAUACUAAUGUCUUCCCGACUUAGAGAGAAUGUUUACUAAGAGUAAAACCAGAUUUCUAAAUCACUCAAUAAUAUCAAUGCGAUACAAGAUGCUUCCGAAUCUCCGUGAUCUAUAUAGCUAGUGGACUCCUAAUUCGGUCAAAAUUAAUGGCGGAUCGUUCCCUCACAAAUACUAAAAAGCGAAUGGAAGGGCAGUGACAUGGCAUGAUGGCUAAGAAGGGAGGACGACACAUCACCGAUGGAGGAACGACUGAAUUGAGGAGACUCUACUGUACCUCCUAAAUUGCCACUAAUUUUUUACGAGUUAUGUAGAUGUAAUAUUGCAGGUGAAUCCACCUUACUCAUUUAAAAAAAAUUGUAAGUCAAUAAAUCUUGUCAAUAUACAAAUAUUAUUUAUAUUGCUACAU